AUGACAACAGUGUUAACGGAGAGUCCGAAGUCAAACAGAAGCAGCCAGGCUGUGAUUGACGCCAAGUACACAUUGACCUACUUGUAAUCACCAAAAAGAGCAUUAUAUCUAUCUCUGUUUCUGAGUUCUUCUUAAAUUCUUUUUGGUUAUUGCAUGAUACUUUUCCCUAAACUCGAAGAACUUCAAAAACCAGGAAAAUUUUCAGGUCAGACUCAUCAGAGAGAGGCAGUGAAUCACCGAAAAGUCUUAGGGAUUAUCAUCGUGGAGGUUAGUAACUAAUGCCACGUCCAAAGUUUUAAAAAACCCGGAAAUCACGCGGAUUUUGCCGCUAUUUCCUUGAACUUUCGACGCUUUUUUUUUCAACUUUGGACGCGGUACAAUGUAAGAUAACAGGAAUACUGUAACAAUGACUUGCAGGAUCGGGAAGUCUUACCGGCGGCGGUGCCACAGUAUUGGCCAAUAACAGACCGGUACGUACUGAAGGAAAGGGGUUUUUUUUCAAAGUUUUGUCGUAAAAUUAGUCGGUGAGAUAGUGAAGGUGUAGAUGGAGAGUUGGAGAAAGAGAGAAGCGGUCAAACUGAUGUGAUAGCGGCAAUCAGUGACGAAGAAGAAGAAGGAAAAGGCAGUUAGCCCAACCCUUUCUCAUCAAGAAAUUAUUUUUUUUUCAAUUGGCUGACUUGGUCGGGCGGGUUGGCAGAACAUGGUUUACGACCCACAAAUUGUCUACUAGCCGUUAACUUUUCUUUUUUUUCUCGUCUGUUUGAAAGUUUUUUUGUCAUAAGUUGUUCAAGUGUCGUGUCAAAACCUUCGAGCUUUGUUACUCUCGAGAGUCUCACUUUAAGGUUAGGGUAAUUUCGUUAUUUUAGAAAAACUACAAGUAAACACACACACAUAUCUGGCAAAAAAUACAAAUUUCGCGCCAAUGUAUCGCUCUAUUGGGCGGGGCGCACUUGCAUAAAAAUUUCAUAAAAUUAAAUAAAACAACCCAAAAGAAAUUUGUUUGAAAUUGUUGUCAGAUCUGACCCCAUAUUUUUUAACGGUUUUUGGAGUGACACAUUUUUAUAAAAAUUUUUUGUCAAAAUUUAUAUAGAUUCAUAUUCUGAAAUAAAAUUCACGCACAGCAGUACAUUUUCCAGGAGGGGUGCUAAAUUUUUAGUGUCAACACAAAAAAUACUCAAAAACAUGCGAGGAUGGCGUUGAGUUUGGGUCGCUAGAAAAUGUCUGGGGUUUUCUAGUUUUUAGAGCUACAGUAAUCCUGUGCUUCUCCUUAAGGGGGCAGAGUCUAAUCGUACCUAGUCUAAUGUUCUUAUAUAAUGUUGUGUACUAACAUAUAUUCAAAUCAAACAAUUUGGACCAGUUUGAAUUUUCAUGUGCCAUCGGUCAAUGGAUGGAUGUCAGAUUUCUCGGAGAAUGUCUGUUAAAUUUCUAAUUGAUAAGCUUCAAAAAACAUGUUCAAGGUACCUAAAGGCCAAUUGGCUCAUGACCUGAUCCCGUAAGCUCUUGCUUCUUCUUUUUCGUCUUCUUUUUCUUCUCCUUCCGCUUCAAAAAUCGCUCUCAUUUCUCUCGCUGCCAAACAGUUGUUAGCUGCACAUUUUUUGUGUGUUCCUGCCCGUCGGCACACUUAUCACUACCGAUCUUCUUGAAUCGUUUCUGCGUCUCUCUCGCCCACGCGUUCUUUUUGUAUUUGACAAGUACUCGGUAGUUGAACACAAUAUAGGUUACUGCCUGCUGAGCCACACAGUUUCUUGGCUUUUCUUUCACUCAUCAUGAACAACCGAAGAAUUGUAAGUUUUUGGGGGAAAAUGUUAAUAUUACGUGUUUUCAUAAAAAUACUCUGUUCAGGACAUCAAAAAGUACAAGCAGAAGCUGGACAGCCGGCUUGGAAUUGUGCUCCUUAUGUGCCUGAUCACCAUCACAGUCAUCUUGGGUAAGAACUUUUCCAAAAUGAAUCAAUACCAUUUUUUCCAAGGUAUUUACGGAGGAAUGCACUCCUCGGUACAUGACGAACUCACCACCUAUGUCAACAGAACUCAUCAGAUUGCCAGUGUAAGAAAUUGCUGUUAUCCGUCCGCAAAACAGUAUCAAAGUUUUAGGAACUCAAGAACGCGAUGGACGAAAAUUAUCCGAAAGAGAAUCAAACGAACAUUGACAAGCACGGACGAGUGUGGAUGACUGUGGAAGAGCUCGAGGACUACGCCUACCUCAUCGAAAAGACCAACUCGACGCUCUGGAAUCUCUUCUGGUGGAAUCUGAUCCUUUCGAUUGUCCUUCUUCCAAUUGUACUGGCCGUCCAUCUGGAGUGGAUCGGAGGCAACGGAGCAAAAUUUGCCUACCGUAUCGUGUUGCUCAUCGGACUCUUGUUUCUUAUCGCCCAAUUCCUCUACCUCGUCCAUCCGAUCUUCUGGGGCGCCGUCCGAUUCCCAGGCAUGCUGGACCGUCUUUUCCUCGAGGCGUAUCCACGUGAUCAGUAUCAAAUCAACAGCAUCCAGGAUAGAUUUGCUUGCGAAUUCAAGCCACACGAGACUCUCGUUCAACUCGAUCUGCAACAGCCAUGCAUUCCCAAAAUGAAAAACUCGCUUCUUCCGACGUACUCGACCCUGCUGCUCAUUUUCAUCGACCUCUUCCCCUUCCUUUUCGGCGCUUUCAUCUAUGCCUGGACUGCUUGGAUCAAGAAUAGCAAUGUCGUCAAGAAGGCCAGAAAACGGGUCGAACUCAACAAUUCUAGAAGGUAUGCGCUGUUAGAAGUCUUACGGAGAGUACCGUAACCUUUAAAAUGUCUAUGCUACAGUACUUCUUCCAUUUCAGAGUGCCAUUCCCAACUCAAAACGUCUACUCGCCGCCAGAACGAAACAACAAGUUGGUCGAGUUGUAAACAAAGAACAUAUUUUUUCUGCAUCAUUCACCAAUUCAGUUCAUUUUCCCUCAACUUUCGCAAAAUAAUUUCUCUUUACCUUUAGUUUCCUUCGUUUUGUAUUUCUACGCGGUAACCCACCACUCAAUCACCCUGUGUACUCGUCGUUUUCAAGCCAUAAAUCGCAUUUUUUGCCAUCUUUUUAUCACCAGUUUUUUGUUGGAUGAACUUUCAGAUUAGUUAUGACCAAAAAUAUUCUUACAGAGCAACAUCAAAAGUCGGACCAAAAAGUACUAGACACAGAAGUCAGGCGGAUGCUGAGGCUUCCAAGGACCCAGAACGUUAUUGA